CCCGUCAUCAUGUGCACCGGGCUUCCAAGGAUUGCGUGCCUGUUGCGACUUCUUGCCCUCUGUAUCCUGUUCUCCCAGGCAGCAGCCUAUUUCGGGCUCACGGGACGCGAACCCUUGGUCUUUUUACCGAGUCCGUAUUCUAGCGAGCCGACUACCGGGAAAGCGCAUGUGAAGCAAUGCGAGCAGAUGACACUGACGCGCCGCCAAAAACGCGUGUGCCGCCGGGAGGCAGGCCUGGCGGAGACGCUGCGCGAGUCUGUUCGCCUCAGUCUUCUGGAGUGCCGUUACCAGUUCCGGAAUGAGCGCUGGAACUGUAGCCUGGAUGGUCGGGGAGGCCUACUCAAGCGAGCCUUCAAAGAGACAGCCUUCCUGCAGGCGGUGUCGUCGGCAGCUCUCUCGCACGCGCUGGCCAAAGCCUGCAGCUCGGGACGCAUGGAGCGCUGCACGUGCGACGACUCUCCCGGGCUCCAGCACCGCGAGGCGUGGCAGUGGGGCGUGUGCGGAGACAACCUGAAAUACAGCACCAAGUUUCUCAAAAGGUUCCUGGGCCAGAAACGGGUCAGCAAGGACCUGCGGGCGCAGAUCGACGCUCAUAACAUAAACGCCGGCAUCCGGGCUGUGAAGAGCGGUAUGAGGACGACGUGCAAGUGCCACGGCGUGUCCGGCUCUUGUGCCGUGCGCACGUGCUGGAAGCAGCUCUCGGCGUUCCACGACACGGCCCGCCUGCUGAAGUUCCGCUACGACGCAGCCGUGCGCGUGCUCAGCGUCACCAACGCCGCCACCGGCGAGACCGAGCUGACGGGGCCCCGCCUCCAAGGCAACGCCAGCCCCCGGCCCCGCCCCACGGAGCUGGUGUUCCUGGAGGAGUCGCCCAGCUUCUGCCGCCCGUCCCGUUACUCCCCUGGCACGGCGGGUAGGUCCUGCUCCAAGGACACCAGCUGCAGCAGCCUGUGCUGUGGGCGGGGCUACAACACGGCGCUGCACCUCGCCACACUCUCCUGCCACUGCCAGGUGCGCUGGUGCUGCCACGUGGAGUGCCAGACAUGCGUGCGCGAGGAGGAGGUGUACACGUGCAAAGAGCACUGAGAGGGGAACGCAGAGGGAGAGACGGGCGGAGACACGUGGAAGCGCAGACGGGAAAGGGUGGAGACGGAGCGGCAGAGAGGACAGCCCAUGCUUUGUUGGGUGGACGAGACGCUCGGGAAGGGACACGGAUGAGAAAAGGAAGGAGUUGAGGUGGAAGUCUGUCUGAAGAUGGAUGACGAGGAAGGGCUCCACCCACUCUGCCUCCAACCUUGGACAAGUGUGGGCAAGGUUGGAGAAGGACCUCGAGGCAUGGCUGACAAGAUGCCUGUGUGAAAUAGGAGCAGCACUCCUGUUGUCAUGGAAGCGAACUGUAACAUUGCAUGAAUUCUAGUCCUGUUAGUCUUGCUGAGAUUGCUUCUAGUAGAGAGGAACUGCUUAAAAAACGUAAUGAAGCCACUGACGAGCAGGCCUACCCAGGUCUCCACACAGCCAGGCAUGAGCAAUCAUUUUGAGAGCACACUCUUUAUAAUUGGUGCUGGAAUGGACAUUUGGAAGAUCUGGCAACCCAAAACAAACUUUGAGGGCUGGUGUACCAGUCUGACAGUAAUGCCCUCAGUUACAUGUCUGUCUGCCUAGCUGCCAGUCCACCUUUCAAAUUAAGGGUUCAAUUUUAGGUGGAAUUUUCAAAGCACUUAUAUUUGUCCUGUUGUGAUUGUGAUGUGACUUCUGUGCUUGGUGGAGGAGACGGUAACAUGGCUGUAUACAGGAUAUUAAAGUAAAGGGCUUUCACAUUUAAUAAAAUAAUAUACAGGAUAUUAAAGUAAAGGGCUUUUACAUUUAAUAAAAUAACAU